AUGCGUGUCCCGCCAAAGCGCCACAUAACACGACAGCCGCACAACCCACAAAUCCAGCCUCCCGGGUACCUGGAAGCCGGUUACAGCAAUCAGGUGGCCACACUCUCACUGCGCAUGCCCGAAGCCCAGAGCCCGUCUCGGCCACACCCACGAGGCCACCACCUAGGGGCGGGGCGGCCCCGCUUGAAUGGGAUCAUCCCGGACGGCAACUGCCUCUAUCGAGCUGUCAGUAAGACUGUGUACGGGGACCAGAGCCUACACCGGGAACUGCGAGAGCAGACUGUGCACUACAUCGCGGACCACCUCGACCACUUCAGCCCCCUGAUUGAGGGUGACGUGGGGGAGUUUAUUAUCGCUGCUGCCCAAGACGGGGCUUGGGCUGGAUACCCCGAAUUGCUGGCCAUGGGGCAGAUGCUGAAUGUGAAUAUACACUUAACUACUGGAGGGAGGCUGGAGAGCCCCACCGUGUCUACCAUGAUCCACUAUCUGGGCCCAGAGGAUUCUCUAAGGCCUAGUAUUUGGCUCAGUUGGCUCAGCAAUGGACACUAUGAUGCUGUUUUUGACCACUCCUAUCCUAACCCAGAGUAUGACAAUUGGUGCAAGCAAACCCAAAUGCAGAGAAAACGCGAUGAAGAGCUUGCCAAGUCCAUGGCCAUAUCCCUGUCCAAAAUGUAUAUCGAACAAAAUGCAUGCUCUUGAAAAGUCUUAAGGACCUGACAAGCCGGGGAAAUUGUUGGGAGAACCACACGAACUCUAAUUAGGGUAAUGGCACUUUUCAAACUUCCUAGUAGAUUGGCUGUAGGUGUAAUGCCUUAAUCAGUUUUUGAAUGUUUUCUCAGAGUAGCAGGUUGCUGGGCACCUGAAUGAUGUUUCCUGCUAGGUUUGGGUGAGCUUACUGCUAUUUAUAAUUUGCUGUAUAAAGUGAGCGCUACUUAAUUUGCAAGCUGAUGUCUCACGGUAUGAAUUUGUGCAUUCCUGGUAGUCUAUUUUCUAUAAAAAUGUAUUUUUGCACAUUUUUAAAAAUGGGUGUACUUUCAUCUAUGACGUGUUCCAAUUGCGAGAAAUGGCUUUUAUGCUUAAUUCAGAGAAGUGCUUUCUAUGAAGUUUAUUUCAGUUUGUGAUUUAGUAGUUAGUUUACAUUGUUGAAAUGUUUCACAAUUCUUAAUUAUUUCAAAUGGAUAUUUUGACACAUUAUGUUACCAGAUGAUUAGCCCAUUCCAUUUUGAUGAAACAAGCAGGUUUGUUGUUUGGAGGAAAAUGUUAUAUUUUUAGAACUAGUCCGCUUUGAGGACAGUUAACAAAGGGAUAGCUUUUGGACGAUAUAUAUUUUUUUCUUUAAAGGACAGUACCAGGCCUUACUUGAAUAGAAGUCUGCUAUUUGCUGUGGCAGAAUGAUAAAUCCGUACUCUGAUGUCUAGAGUAGAUUGCUGCUCUUGAAUGUUUUCUUUUUAUUCAUCAAUUUCCUAGGAAAGACAUGUAACAUGUAUGAAAUUUUGUGAGAAGUCCAGCCUCCUGCAUUAUACAGCUUCUUGGUUUCAAGUAAGAUUUUUUAAAAAAUGAGCCUAAGUAGCCAGGUCUGACAGAAGGGUCAUUAUUUUUAGCAGGAGGCUACUGUCUUAAUCUGUCAUUUUAAUGUUCUUCCAAAAGACAAACUAGAAUUUAUCUUCUAUUAUGUAAAAAUGUAAACAGCUUGGUUUGCUGGGUCAAACAGUGUUUCCAACCAAAAAAGAAAAAAAAAAAUCUGUAUGUUGCCACUUUUAACUACCUUUAGUGUAUUUAUUAAGUAAUGAAGUUUGUACUUUUUUAUUUUGUAACAUUUUGUGAUUUUUUUGUAUAAUAAUGUAUUUGUACAGUAUAGCAGUUCUCAGCUGAUGGAAUGAAUGAAUAAAAUGUAUACUUUUACAUCUUUCUGGGUGAGUGUUUUUUA